GUCCGCGUGGGCCACGAGGGCUGGUGCGGAGAUGCCGCAGCUACUGAGAGGGGGUCGCUGGCGUGCGGUGUUGGCGCGGGUCCGCCGCGCAGUGCUCUUUGCAGGGCCCCGUGGGGCCUCGGGCGGCCCGGGUUGCGCUCGGGACGCCACCUCUGGAGCCGGCGAGCUGCGGGGCGAGCUUGACAGAUUCGGGGGCGUCUCCGUGCGCCUGGCGCGACUGGACGCAAUGCACCGCUUGGACCCGGUUGCCUUCCAGAGGGCUUUGCAGGCUGCAAUACAGAAAUGGAGAUCCGAAGGUAGAGUAGCAGUAUGGCUGCACAUUCCCAUCCUCCAAAGUCGAUUUAUUGCUCCUGCCGCUUCCCUGGGCUUCUGCUUUCACCACGCAGAAUCGGACUCAUCCACGCUGUCUCUGUGGCUGGGAGAGGGGCCCAGCAGAUUACCAGGAUAUGGUACACAUCAAGUGGGAGUUGCAGGAGCUGUAUUUGAUGAAAAUACUAGAAAAAUAUUGGUUGUACAAGAUCGAAAUAAAUUGAAAAAUAUGUGGAAGUUUCCAGGAGGCCUGUCAGAGCCUGGAGAAGAUAUUGGAGAUACAGCAGUUCGAGAAGUUUUUGAAGAGACCGGUAUAAAGUCAGAAUUCAGGUCCCUCCUGAGUAUUCGGCAACAGCACACCCAUCCUGGAGCUUUUGGAAAGUCAGAUAUGUAUAUUAUCUGCCGCCUAAAGCCAUAUUCAUUCACCAUAAAUUUUUGCCAGCAUGAAUGCUUAAGGUGUGAGUGGAUGGAUCUCAGUGACCUAGUCAAGACUGAAAAUACAACUCCGAUCACCAGCAGAGUUGCUAGGCUGCUGCUGUAUGGAUACAGAGAAGGGUUUGACAAGAUUGAUCUGACCAUGGAAGAACUUCCAGCAGUUUACACAGGCUUGUUCUAUAAAAUCUAUCACAAGGAACUGCCAAACAGUUAUAAAACUAUGACAGGCAUGGAUUAAAUUUAUAUUUACAUGAUUUUAAAAUGUUUUAAGUAAAUUGUACCUGUAGAUUAAUGUGUGCCGUAUUAUAAGAAGUAGUGGACAUUUGGGUUAACUAAAUAUCUGACUUAAAUUUUCUAAUGUCUGUGAUUUCCAUGAAGAAAACUUGUUUGUACGUAUGCACAUUUUAAAAGCCUCUUUUCAAAUGAAGCAAAUGUAUGAAAAAGAUUGUAGCUGUAAGUAAGCUUCACUGGAUAAAGGCAAAUUCUAUAUAAAAAGUGGAAGUCUAUGCAUUUUC